GAAGGUGCAGUGGACGGGACGGGAGAAGCGCGAAGGGACCGGGACGCACACACUUGCGCACAUGUUCGAUUACCUUGUGUGAGUUCCACACUGAAGUGGAAUUUGAAGUCUUCCAACUGACCGACCGACCAAUCAGCCGAUGGGCCGCUGCUGGAUGCCCCACACAUGACGCAUCCUAGCCCAUCCCAUGGACAAGAAAAGUGUUGGGCUGCCGGGAUCAAGGCGUGGCCGGUGACGGGGAUAACAUUGCCAUGGGUUGGAUUGUGGGCUGGGGUAUUCUUAGGCAUGACAUGGUGAGACGAGAUUGCAGGUGGUUAAGGGAGGCAGCAAUCAAGGAAGGGACGGAGGCAGGCCAAGGAUUGUCCAUCGGACAAGGUCUUUGGAAAUCGCUGCUUGACCGUGUCGUGAGAAUAUUUCACAAGCAGCACAGUGGUGCAUCGAAGCCUUGUGUAGUAAAGACGAGAACAAAACUGAAGCAAGGAUGACAUUUGGUUGCGAUUUGCCCCAACUGUGCGCCACGCGAGGCCAAGCACUGCGAUGGAGGAUUAGGGAGUCGAGUCACGCUAGACGCCGACUUUGGGCACAGAAAUUCUGGAGCUGGGCAAAUCUGUGGGGCCCAGCUGAUGCGAGAACGAGAUCAGCAGUACGAGACCUCGCAUCCCUAAGCGACAUCAUAUGUCACGCAUGCGUGUGCAUUCUACCGUAUACCGUAUCAGCCUCAUCUUUUCCCGCUUAUGUUCGUUAUGGGUGGGGCCAGGCCAGGCCAGGCCAGCAUGGGAUGAAUCUGGAGAAAGGAUUAUGAGAAUGUGUUAAGAGCGGUUUAGUUGAUUCCGGACGAAAUGUCUGAAAGUUAGGCGCUUGAUGGGGUGGGCCGGAUCAUGAAGGAACCGGAGUAAGAGUGAAGGUUUCAUCGAGAGGGCAAGAUAGCUGAGAGGGAUGAAGUUGGGCUUGCGAGGAGCGACUCUUUUCCAGCACGUGAUUACAUGAACAGCCUGAUAUUUUCUGCAAGCGACUCGUCUGGGAAUUGAUGAGAUGAGAUCAACAAAAAAUCCGCUGCACGCGUGAUUAAGCUUAAGGCCGGACGGAAUUUUGCUGAAAUAUGCCCAUAGAACCCACGAGUCCAGUUCAAUGGAGUUGAACUUGACUCGAUAUCACAGCACAAGAGGAGUUUUGACUUGCAUCCCACGUGAUCAAGACCGACUGCCAGACUCGUGACAGUACAAAAGAAAAUCACCGCCAAUGUGUUAUGUCGCUUUCGACAUAUGCAAACUCGACAUGAAUUCUCGAGACUACGCUUGGCUUUGUUUAUGAACACUCGACUCCGUAGGUCCACAUUCUGGCCCAAGCUGACAGCUCACUGGACAGUGCUCGAGAAUCGCAUGUGUAGGCUCGUCUAUCCAACAGCAGAGGAAAAGAAACACGACCAGGAGAUUUGUUUAAGCUUUUAGCAUCAUGCUUGAAGAUUCGCAGGAUCUCGUCCACAGCAAUAAUUCUUGUAAUAGUAGGAUACAUGGUUGUCAGCACACGUGAAACGAUACCGAUAAGUAAAAGCCAGGUCUGUUUAUUUCUCUCCUCAUAAUGCAGUUGAACUUUCUCUCCGCUCGGUGACAUUUCGUUAUCACUUCAUCUUUGGCCGGAGGCCAAAUUGUUAGCGUUAUAAAUCAUCACGCACUUCUUUUGCACUUUUACUGCCGAAGUAUAAAUUAUCACUUGAACAUUGACGAAUCUCGCCCAACAACGUUACAGAGCAUCUUAGCAGUGGACACCCUGACCAUUUUCGGCCCAUCCGGGACCGUUGCAUGUCUUGACACUGGUGUAGAGGAGACCUCCUUCAGGCCAUUCAAUUUUUCUUAUUGAUAUGCACCAAUCACCUAACAAUCUCCGUCCUCUGAAGCUC